CUUUGUGAUGGGAAUUUAGCCGAUUCUUUGAAUCACCACGCAAGGGAGGGCCGACUUUGGUCUGGUCCUUCCUUGGGCUCUUCGUGGCUCAAGGUUUCUCUGUCGAGAUCUCUUUUGAGUUACUUAUUUGAGGCUUCUCUUUCCAACAAACUGACCAUUUCAUGAUCAGCCGAUGCAGGCGACCCAGUCUAAACUCAUUCAGUAACGGAUCGCUCUGUUUUCGGACUCUGGCAUCACAAGGCUUCACAGGUACAAGCUGACUGAAGUAACAGUAACCCUGACCUGCAUCUCGGCUCUUCUUUUGAGCCCCGGGACCCCGAACUCACUCUUUCAUAAAGACUGCGAUGUGAUGGGUUUCCAAACUCUUCUUUCGAUCUCAACAUGGUCGGAUAUGGCGAACUUUUACAUCUUCUUCCUGCUUUCCUUGGCAGCCGCCGAGAAUCCGGUUGUUAAUUUGGGAUAUACAAGCUAUGAGGGCCGCUCACUGUCCGGUGGUGUCUCGCAGUGGCUUGGGAUGCGCUAUGCUGCUCCUCCAGUGAAUGACUUGCGCUUUGCAGCUCCCCAGGACCCCCUCUCGCAGACCGGGGUUCAACAGGCAACCCAACACGGGCCUGCCUGUAUUCCUGUCGCCAACAGUCUAAAUGCCGCUGUGCCAUCCGGUACUUCGGAGGACUGCCUCUUUUUGGAUAUCUACGCCCCCACAGACGCAUUCACGUCAAAGAAACUGCCAGUGUACUUCUUUAUCCAAGGUGGAGGCUUUGCUUCUCUGUCAAAUAUGAAUUAUAAUGGCACAGGCUUGGUUGCGGCCUCGGACUUUAAUAUCAUCGUGGUCACGUUCAAUUAUCGUGUGGGGCCCUACGGCUUUCUCGCCGGUGAUGAAGUGGAGAGAGGGGCUAGUCUGAAUAACGGUCUUAAGGAUCAGAUCAAGGCCCUCAGGUGGGUGCAAAAAUAUAUCAGCAUGUUCGGGGGCGACCCUGACCACGUCGUCAUAGGCGGCGACAGCGCAGGCGGUGCAUCCGUAACCCUCAUGCUCUCUGCAUAUGGCGGACGCGAUGAUAAACUGUUCAUCGGGGCUGCUGCCGAGUCUCAAAGCUUCGGGAACAUGCUCAACGUCUCCGAAAGUCAAUUCGCAUACGACAGACUAUCCACACGUACAGGCUGCAACACGAGCACAGACUCCCUAACAUGUCUGCGCAAUCUAGACAUUAGUGCCCUGCAGGCACAAAACAUUCGCACCCCUUACCCCGGAGCACCGGGAAACCCUAUAUACUUAUACGGCCCAACCGUCGACGAAGACCUCGUGCAAGACCACACAUUAAAACUCUUCCACGACGGCAAAUUCAUCAAAGUCCCUGUGAUAUUCGGUGACGACACGGACGAAGGCACAAUCUUCGUUCCUAAAAAUACGGCCAGCGUCACCGAUGCAGACACCUUCCUCCAAAACCAGUUCCCGACCAUCACCCAGGCCCAACUAUCCAAGAUCAAUAGCAUGUAUCUGACCGAGGACCAAACACGCGAAUUCCCAAAUGCACAGCCAUACUGGCGUCCUGCUAGCAACGCCUAUGGCGAGCUCCGCUAUACUUGUCCUGGAAUUGACAUGUCCUCCGUCUACGCCGCAGCCAACGUAGCAAGCUGGAACUACCACUACGCCGUGUUAGAUCCUUGGUCAGAAGGCAACGGCACGGGAGUGUCACACACGGUCGAGGUAAACUCGAUCUGGGGACCACAAUAUGUGAGCGGAGUCCCGCCGGACUCGUACUGGAACACCAAUGCCAAUAUUGUACCUGUGAUGCAGGGGUACUGGACGAGCUUUGUCAGAUCGUUGGAUCCAAACACACAUCGGUACCCGGGGAGUCCGGAGUGGAAGACUUGGGGAAAGGGAGAUGCUGCCUAUCAAAGAAUAUUCAUUCGGACAAAUGAGACUCGUAUGGAGAGUGUACCGCAGGAGCAGCGGGAUCGAUGUGAAUAUUUGAUUGGGAUUGGUGAGAGUUUGAGGCAGUAGUUUAUGAUGGAUCUGAUUGGACUUUAGUGAAUGAUUCAUGUUGAUAUCGAAAUUCCCUUGGUAUCCUGAUUUAUAGUACAUAGGAGGGCAGUUCUUUCCGUGUCUGGAUAUCCCAUUUGUCUUGUCUCGUUACUUGCUCACUCCAAGGAAAUGGACUCUUUAUUUCUACCAUAUCAAAAAGUAUAUUCGGGAGGCGGCCCUGAAUCCGUCGGGGCUACGGAUAUUGGCAGGCCCUUGGUUUUCGCGUUCGCAUGAACCUGCAACAACAUUUUGAUCUCCG